AUGUUUAGCCGUUUCCGUCUUGCAGCCGAGGACACGAAAUAUUUCUGCUUCCUGUGGCGGGACAAGAAAUCUGCAGAAACCAUGAUCUUCAAAAUGGAGCGACUGCCGUUUGGAGCCAGUUGUUCCCCGUUUGUCGCCAUUCACACCAUUCAACGCAUCGCCGAAGACGCUGGAAUCGAGGGUAAAAUAGCCACCGCCGUGAGAGAAAGAUUCUACGUUGACGAUUAUUUGAGUUCCGCGGCUACUGUCGCCGAGGCUGUUCAAGAAGCGUCGGCCGUCAAGAACAUGUUAGCAAACGCGGAUCUGAAUCUCCAGAGGUGGAUUUCUAACUCUUCCGAAUUCAUGCGGAGCCUAUCCAACAACGUGAAACCACAUUCUAACCCGCCGCCAUUCCAUCCGCUUGGGUGCAACGAGGAAGAAAAGGUUCUCGGGGUCUUCUGGGACACCCGUUCCGACACCCUGAGCUUUAAGGUUGCCAAAGAAACGGGAGCCGAGUUCACCAGGAUGGACCUCGUCAGCAAGGUUGCCGGAGUUUUUGAUCCGCUAGGAACUGCUUCCCCCAUCAUCGUAAAGGCGAAGAUCCGUCUCCGCGAACUCGGCCAAAAGGGUCUGAAAUGGGCAGAUACGCUUCAGGGAGAUGACCGAAGGUGGUGGAUUCAGUGGUUCGAGUCUCUGCAGUGCCUCAAUACAGUCGUAAUGCCCCGCUGUCUCUUUCCAGACCACGGCAACAUCAUUAAUUCAGAGUUGCAUACUUUCUGUGAUGCAUCGGAAGAGGCGUACGCGACUGUGGUAUUUAUCCGGAACAUCUACUCUAACGGCAAGGUGCUCAUCCGCCAAGUCAAGGCCUCUAACAAGCUCGCUCCGAAGAAAACCAUCUCAGUACCGAAACUCGAGCUAAAUGCGGCGCUAUUGGGAGCCAGAGUGACGUGGGCGGUUCAAGGCGCCCUACCGGACCAGAUACGAUAUCGUCGCUUCUGGACCGAUGGUAGCACCGAGCGGAACUGGAUACGUGCAGCAGCAGCUAAUUACCAGGUCUUUGUAAGCAACCGGAUCGGGGAGAUCCAGACCAUUACCGAAGAAGACGAAUGGAGAUUCGUCCCCGGAGCCCUGAACCCGGCAGAUGCAGCGACCCGAUCUACCUUAGACGGUGAGGCGUUUCCGACCGCAUGGCUCGACGGCCCUAGAUUCCUAAUGCUUCCAGAGCGCGAAUGGCCCAUUGACUUGCCCUGGAUGGCUAACAAUGAGGAGAUACGAGCAAGCCGUAUCCUCCAUGCAACGGUCCCAGAUCCAGAAAUCGUCUGGGCAGACGUAAGGGUAGGCGCAAACGACAUUCCGGCCCUCUGCAAAUUGGAUGGAACGUUCUUCGACCUGGUCAAGAGUUGUCAAAACCAAGCUUACGCCGAAGAGAUACGGCGACUUCGAAAGGGGAAGCAGCUGAAAUCAAACUCAACUUUACUGGCGCUGGCCCCAAUCGUAGGCCCCGACGGCAUCAUCCGACCUGGAGGUAGGGCCGGGAGAGCCCAGCUACCGUAUGACCAACUUCAUCCACCUCUCCUUCCGGGCAAACAUCCUUUUUCGGAGAAGAUAGUAGGUGCAUUUCACGAGCACCUCAAGCAAGUUGGUACAGACUUUCUUCUCUCGUACGUUCGUCAGCACUUCUGGAUAACCAGCGGUCGUGAACUGGUUAAAAAGGUUCGACGUAAUUGUCUCCUCUGUCGUCGAAAUCGAGCCAAACCAUGCGAAAAAAUCAUGGGCGAUCUUCCGAAAUCUCACCUAGAUACAGGGUCACUCCCGUUUACUCGGACUGCCAUAGACCUUUUUGGCCCGCUCGACAUUGGUCUCUACCGAAACCGAACGGCGAAACGCUGGAGCGUACUUUUUACAUGUCUGGUAACCAGUGCGUUAUUUCUCGAAAUCAUGCCAUCACUGUCUGCUACGGAUUUCCUCUUGGCGCUUCGCAAGUUCAUCGCGUUGUAUCGGCAACCCGUAAUCAUUCAUUCGGACAAUGGCACCAACUUCGUCGGAGCCGAGCGGGAAUUACGUGAAGCCAUGGAGGCCUUACACGCGUCUGGCGAAGUACCCGAAUUUUUGAAGAAUGCCGGCAUAGAAUGGUCUUUCCAACCACCCCGCACUCCCAAUUUUGGCGGCGCGCACGAAUCGCUAGUCAAGUCCGCAAAACGAGCGCUCUACAAUGCGUUGGAAAUCGAGAGCAAAGGCUUGCAUUACCCGACAGAAGACCUGCUGCGAACACUGCUGUACGAGGUCGCGGGCCUCCUUAACACCAGGCCACUCACCUACGCAAGUUCCGAUCCCGCAGACUUCCGCCCGCUGACGCCGAACGAUUUUUUGAAUCGGUCGCCAACUGCCUAUCCACCAGCCGGAACGUUCGAUGAUGCGCCCCCACGAGAGCAUUAUCGAUACCUUCAGCGCGUUCUCAACCUAUUUUGGGACCUUUGGAAAUCAGUCUAUUUGCAGUCACUAGCCGCACGCAAGAAAUGGCGUACAAAACAGACGAACCUUGCAGUCGGGGACGUGGUUCUCGAGAUCAACAAAGGUCUGGGCCGUGGUGUUUGGAACAUCGGCCACAUCACGGAAGUCUUUCCCGGAGAAGAUGGUUGCGUGCGAGCCGUCGACGUACAAGUGCCUGCAGGGAUAUUCCGUCGGGGUAUAACCGAGCUGUGCCUUCUAGAAUCCAGCUCGUCCAGCUCUCUGGACUCGGGGGAAGAUGUUACGGCAAAACCCGCAUUGCCCUAA